AGCAAGUUCCAAACAACACCCCAUUUUGUUCUUUUGUUCUCCUCCUCCUUUUUCGAAGCCAGAGCUGAGCACCAAAAUUAUAAGACAAGGGACAACAAUACUAGCAGCACACUAGUCAAAGUUUCGUCCUACGGUGUGGCCCUCGACAUUCUUUCCUCUUCUUCUUAUAUGCGCGCAGUCAUGUAGAACUAGAAGUAGCCAUAUGCGCGCGCGCCCAUGUCCAUCUUCUUCUUCUCCUUCUUCUUGCCCCUCCUCCUGUUUCCACCAUGCUGCAGCUGCUGCUCCCGGCACCUUCUUCUCCACGGCGACGCCAACCCCUCCUCCUCGCUCGCGGGCAUGCUCCAGGCGCGGGACGGCAACGUCACCGACGGCCUCAGGCGCUACCUGGCGCGCUUCGGCUACGCGUCCACGCCUGACGACGCCGACGGCCAGCUCGUGGUGCGGCUCUACCAGUCCACCCUCGGCCUCCCCGUCACCGGCCGCCUCGACGCCCGCACGCUCGACCUCCUCGCCACCCCGCGCUGCGGCGUCCCGGACCUCCAGACGAACGCCACCGCCCGCUUCGCCUUCUUCGCCGGCCAGCCGCGCUGGGCGCGCGCGCCGGGCCACUUCCUGCUCACCUACGCCGUGCUCUCCGACCCUCCCUACCAGCCCCUCCCUGAUCAUCUCCCGCGCGGGGCCGUGCGCGCCGCCUUCCGCCGCGCGUUCGCGCGCUGGGCGCGCGUCAUCCCGGUGCGGUUCCGCGAGAUGCGCGACUACAACACGGCGGACGUGCGCGUGGGCUUCCUCGCGGGCGACCACGGCGACGGCGAGCCCUUCGACGGCCCGCUCGGCGUGCUCGGCCACGCCUUCUCCCCGCCCAGCGGCCAGCUCCACCUCGACGCCGCCGAGCGGUGGGCCGUCCUCGGCCACGACGGCGACGACCCCGGCUCCGGCGCCGUGGACCUCGAGUCGGUGGCCACGCACGAGAUCGGCCACGUGCUGGGCCUGGCGCACUCGUCGGUCCCGGACGCCGUCAUGUACCCGAGCCUGAAGCCGCGCAGCCGCAAGGCGGACCUCACCCUGGACGACGUCCGCGGCGCGCAGGCGCUCUACGGCUCCAACCCGCGCUUCAGCCUCAGCUCCCUCUCCGAGCCCGACACCUCCUCAGCCGCCCCGGCGGUGGCCACCACCAGGUCGCCCGGGAAGACGACGACGACGCAUACGGCCAUCCUGCUCUUGCUUGUCACCGUCACUCCUCUGCUCCUCCUCUGCUAGCUUGAUUGAUUAAGCUCUACUAUAAGUAGAUAGAUAUAUACACUGUACACAUGACACAUCUUAAACUCUUCAUUAGUUGGACUUGAGAGAAACUGAUCAAGAUUUUAUCAA